AUGAUUUGUGUCAAAGUCCUGUUCUUUGGAGAGGCAUUCCAACUGGUUGGAAAACGAGAGGAAUCUGUGGAAUUCCCGAAUGAAACUGACUAUGAGGAGAUCAGAAGGAUAGUUCUCGAGAAAUACCCGUCGCUGUCUAAAAUCGAAAAAGUGAUGAUGCUCGCCGUAGAUCAAGAAUACGCCAAUCCAGGAGACCGUUUCGAGUUGGAACGUUUCACAGAAAUCGCCGUGAUUCCUCCACUUUCCGGUGGCUAA